AUGGAUCAAGAAGAGACUUUUGUUGAUCCAUACGGGGACGAAGCUGAAAAAGAAUAUUUAGUAUGGAAAAAACCUGAGCAGGUUAAUAACGAAACGUUGGAUGAUUAUUUGACGUAUUGCCGAACGCGUCUGAUGUCUGUUGAUCGGGCACUGUAUAUUUUAAUGAAAUGUGAUUAUGAUGUGACUAAGGCUUUCAAAGAAGUUAAUAGUAGAGUCGUUCUUCACGAGCGUUGGACACGAGAUGACGCUCUACUGUUUCGACAAGCCUAUUUUCUACACGGAAAGAACUUCAAGAAAAUACAAUUAAUGUUACCUCAUCAUAGUAUAUGUAGCCUAGUCGAUCACUAUUAUCGUUCCAAAAAAGUAAUGAAGCAAAGUAGCUAUUUGGAUAAGCUGAGCAUAGCAUUAAAUGAAGAAGAAGAUAAAUAUAUAACUAUCGCCGGGUUUAAUAGAGGAAUAUUUGAUGCUGUUAAUGUUGAAAUGAUGAAGAAAUUUAUCAAAACGUUCCAAGAAGGUUUAUGCAACAAUUGUGGUCAUAUUGUCAGUACUUCAACUACUUAUUGCGAAUCGCGCUUGUGUUAUUCGUGUUACUGUUACAAAGAAAAGUUUGACAGAAUGCGUCCAACAGAUUACGUGAGAACGAUUUCUGAUGAAAUACGUGUCUUCGAUUACAUAUUACCUAUUGAAUUCAGUGAUUUACUUGACAAGUUUGACGACUUAUGUUGUAGUGAUGAGACUUCUAAAACAAGCGAGAUUGGUGAUACUGAUGUAGAAGUUGUUUUCAUGAACAUGUCGAAAACUCGUGUGAUGACCCACGAAGUCACUGCUCAAACAAGUGAGGGAAUGUUGAAAUGUCAAAGAAGGGAGGAUAAACUUAAAUGUUUCUCAACGGCAUAUCAGAACUCACAAUCCAGCAUUCUUGCCAAUGCUACCAAGUCAGCCGAAGUCUAUAGGAGUGUGAUCAAAGAGAAGAUGUACAAGAAAGAAAAAUUCAAAAUUACUUCUUCUUGGGGAGAGAGAGAUCGAUUUUAUUCUUUCUAUUGUCUUUGUCGCUAUGAUCUGGAUUUCGAAGUAUCGGCGGAAGUUGUAGGAACGAAGACCCCAGAUAUGCUCAAAGCUUUUUAUCGAGAAAAUCAAGAACGUAUUGAUAAGUAUAUCCAGCAGAAAAAUGAUAUCAAAGUGAAAAGAAACGAAGCUCAACCUGAGAGCAUUGGAGAUUUUCUGGGGGGAGUGGUAACCCUUGAAGAAGAAGACUAA